AUGGAUAGGUGCGUGGAGACACGCAGGAUGAGCAGAGUCCCACUGAAAGAAACAGGACAAGGAAACAGUAAGGAAAGGGACACCCUUACAUUCAAAGAGGCCUCCACUCAGCGAUUGUCCAGACAAGUCCAGGUCCCGUCUCUGGACCGUCGCCUCAUCAGUCUGAAGGGCCUGCUCACUGCUCAGAAGUUCUCAAAGGGGUUAAAGUAUCUCUCUCUGUGGCUCUAUUCACAGGAGAGAACAGCACAGAAACUAGCAGCAAAGAAAGGUGUCAGAGGCCCUGCAAGAAAGUUGAUCCCAAUCAUAAAUGACCAGGUGCCAACCGGCUGUGCCCAGCCCAAGGAACGCUUCCCAGUGGCCCACGUCUCACAGCUGCUGCAUGACUUCCUGGCCUCCCGCCUGGACGGUGUGGCCUACGCAGCUGGCUCCUGUGGGCCCUUGUCGGCCGGACCCCUUGCGCUGGCGUUGAGCGAGGACCUGCGGGCACUGGUGCGGGCCAUCUGCCCGCCACGCUACCGGCUGGUGUGCACCGUGAGCCUGGGGCCAGCGGGGCAGGAAGGGCUGAUGAUGGCCAGCCGAUGUCUGUGGGACGCACACGCAGACACCUGCAUCUCACACACCACCCAGACAGCACAGAUCUUCUGUGUGGCGUCAGUGUUCGCAGUAUAUCGUGAAUGACAAUAAGAGAGAUUUGAUUUUUAUGGUAUUUGGCAGAAGCUUUUGUCCAAAGGUGACAAGAAAUUGAAUAAGAGAUUUGAAAGGGAAACAUGCCGUCAAUACCCAUUACGUAAAUAUUCUUCAAAAGUGUUUUUAGUUUUGCCUUAGAUUAUAUAUGCCAUUAGCCUGACCAGUCAGACCUGCCCCUAGGGGUGUCUAGAUUUCUAGGCUAAUAUGCCAUGGUUUAUCUGUGUGUUGUAGACAUUUUCUUCCCAGAGGUAAAAUGACUUUGGUACCUAAACAAGUUGUAAACUCUAAGGACUAGUUCCCCAUACAUGGCCAAAUACUAACCUAAAAGAAAACUACAAG